AGCCUGCCUGGGAGAAUAAUGUCUUUGCUUUCUCCAUGUAAAAUACACUUCUGAAUAAACUCCAAACCAAAUCCAAAAUGCUUCUAUUAAUAAUAAUAAAAAUUAUUAUUAUUACGGCACUUUUCGAGCCCGGUUGGAGCUUUAUCAUUACCUUGGAUGCCCACGAGAGCGAGUGCUUCUACGAUUCGGCAAAUGUGAAUGAUAUGGUCACCAUUACCUUUGAGGUCAUGGAGGGCGGCUUCAAGGAUGUGGGCGUGGAGAUCUCUGGACCGGACGGGGACUUGAUGCAUCACGAGGCCCGCGAGACCACCGGCAGCCUCACCUUCACGGCCAUCAAGAAGGGUCGCUACAAGUUGUGCUUCGACAAUGAGAUCUCCACACUGACCCCCAAGAUUGUCAUGUUCCAGUUCCAUGUGAUGAAACCCCUGGACUACUAUGCAGAUCCCAGCAAGCGAACGGAUGAUGUCCUGGAGCAGGCCGCGUUGCAGACGACGCUGAACCUGCUCUCGGCCAGAAUGGGAGCGGUGCGAGUGGAGCAGGAAUAUAUGCAUUACCGUUACCGGGGACACUUGGACAUCACCGACAGUGUCCAGGAUCGCAUCCUGGCCUGGAUGGUCUUUGGGCCCAUGAUGCUGCUUAUAACAACGGUGCUGGAGGUGUACUACCUAAAGCGUUUCUUCGAGUUCCGGCGAGUGGUUUAAGCCUUGCCUUUACCAAUAAAAAGCAGCUUGAAAAAAAUUCUAUUAAAUCGCAAACCAUUUAUCAAAUAUUCCAUAUAUAAACCUACUUCCACGCGAAGGCAAAGCCCUAGGAUGUAAAAUCGAAAUAAAAUUCUUGGAAAAUAACCAUCAGAGAGAUGGAUUUCCCCUCUAGAGCUGGCA